GCCUGCGAGAGGGGCCGGCGAUGGCCUGCCGCGCUGGCCCUGUUCGCAGAGCUCGCGGCCAAGGGCGCUGACGAUGUCGUGGCGCUCAAUGCUGUGCUGGGUGCCCUGGCCGGGCAGUGGCGGCUUGCGCUUUUGCUGGCCUCUCCGAGGAUGAGUAUGGCCAUGGAGGGCACCUACCAUGCCAUUCUGGGUGCCCUGGAGACUUCGUCACGGUGGUGGCAGGCCAUGCACCUGUUCCACGCCGGGAGUCGAACAGGCCGCUGCGGCAUCGUGGGGUUGAACAGCGCCUGCAGCUCGCUGGAGAAGGCCAGCAAGUGGGAGCUGGUGCUGGGCCUCGUUCACGGCUCGGUCGGCCGCGAUGCCAUCAGCUGCACGGCGCUGCUGGCAGCGUGUAGCAGAGCAAUGCGCUGGCAACAGGCGCUGGCAUUCCGAGAGGCAACUGGACUGCUUGGAGCCGCCCUCCUGUCAGCGGCUGCACAGGUGGCAGGCGCGCCAGCACCCACCUGCAUGGCACUGAGCACCCAAGCGAUGCGAGAUGCUGCGGGCGUCCUUAUCCGCCAGCCAAGCCGGGAGGUGGUCGCUUCGCGUGCCGGUGCGGCGGAGCAGGAGCGAGCCCUGGCUUUCGAGCUUCUUCCACUCGCCGUGCGUUUCCGGCGAGGUUUCCGUGGAUAUCCCCGCGCGUGUGCCGAGGAGAGUGGGCACCGAUGGAAAAGACUCGAU